AUGUAUAGAAGAAGAAGAAGAAGCUCAACUGUACUUCAGGGGAAAUAUGGCAGACCUGUACCUACUUUUGUGUACAUAAAAAAACACGUUGUAUAAAGCUGCGGUUUUCGUUCUGAAGCCGGUGUGGUGUUUAGGUUUUAAUCCGCUGGAGGGUGAAUUAAACUCGCCAUUCAGCCAGUUUUCUCUUCGGCCUAGCUUUGCUGGUUAGCAUUCUGGAUAACUGGUGUAGCUAGCUGCUAGCGUAGCCGUUCCACAUGGGGCAGUUCCACGUUACGUCAGGAAGGAAACGGUCAGGCUGUGGACAGUUGGUUUAAUGUUAGUGUAGUUAAGCCAUAAGCUGUAAGGUUUAUAGAUUAUAUUUGGUUUAGCCCUGCUGUCCCCUUUCUGCUCUCGGGGGCUUCAUGUUUAACCUCCUCUCCGCUGCUCUCCCACUGCUCCCCCGCCGCCUGCUCGUCUCCUCCCCCGGGACUCUGACCGGAGCCUGCCGCUUCCUCUGCAGGAUGGAGCCCGCCGUGGUGAGGUGCCUCCCAGGGGAGCCCAAACUCACCAUCUCCUUCUGUCUGGACGGAAGCCACAAGCACAUGCUGCGGGACCAGGACGAGACGCUGGGCAAGGUCCUGGCCCGGAUCUCCAACGGCAUCGCCAAGGGCCAGGGAAAGGCGAAGAAGUCGAAGAAGAACAAGGGACAGAAGGCGGGUGUGACCCCAGAGCAGGUGACCGUGAAGCUGUUCUACGAGGGGCGAGAAGUGGCCGAGACGGUGGUGAACUCGGAGGCGUGGCGGAACGGGGCCGUGCUGCAGGUGGGAGGCUGUAAAUACGCGAUCCAGAGGAACGCUCCCACUCUCACCACCGCGGAGCUCCCGGUGUCCCUGCUGGCCGGGUUCCCCGUCUGCCCCAAUCUGGAGGUCGAGUUCGGCAACCUCCAGGACUGCGAGUUCACGUGGUAUAAGGAAAAUGCCCCGUUCACAAGCCCUGAAGCUGCUAGAGACGUUCCAGACAAGGACAGCGGUUGGACAGAGAUAGGGUGCGGGAGAGUCCAUGUCCCGUCGAAUCAGGACAUCGGCUACAGGCUCAAACUGCGCUGCACGCCUAAAGAUGGUGGACGCAGUGGCGUGGCCAAGGACCUGGUCUCCGUGGGAGCCGUGGAGGCCGGACCAGGCGUGUGCACGUUCGACAACCGGCAUGCGUACACCGUCAAAGAGGCGGAGUGGCCCGCUGUGAGGGUGGUGUCGUACAACAUCCUCGCCGAUGUCUACGCCCAGACGGAACUGUCCAAGACGGUGCUUUACCCGUACUGCGCCCCCUACGCCCUGCAGCUGGACUACAGGCAGAACCUGAUCAAGAAGGAGCUGGCCGGGUACAACGCUGACAUCGUCUGUCUGCAGGAGGUUGACAAAGCGGUGUUCGCAGACAGUCUGACUCCGGCUCUGGACGCCUUCGGCCUGGACGGCGUUUUCAGGAUCAAAGAGAAGCAGCAUGAAGGACUCGCCACUUUCUACCGCAGGUCGAAGUUUCAGCUGCUAAGCUGUCAUGACAUCGUGCUGAACGAGGCGUUGACCUCUGACCCCGUCCACGCUACGCUGCUGGAGAGGGUUUCUGCCAACGACGCUUUGAAGGCCAAGAUACUGCAGAGGUCGACCACGCUGCAGGUCAGUGUGCUCGAGGACCUGAAUAAGCCGGGCAGGAAGGUCUGCGUGGCCAACACUCACCUGUACUGGCACCCGAAAGGCGGGAACGUUCGGUUGGUCCAGAUGGGCGUGGCUCUGCAACACCUGCGUCAUGUGAUCAGCGAGGUGGCACCUGACGCCCCUCUGGUCUUUUGUGGUGACUUUAACUCCACCCCUAACUCAGGCGUCUUCCAGCUGGUCAGUGAGGCGGUGGUUCCCCUGCAGCACGCAGACUGGAGCAGCUCCGGGCCGGAGGAGUCCUGCAGCAUGGAGCUGCUCUCUGCCUUCCCCCCCCUGCUGAGCGCCUGCAGCCAGCCCGCCUACACCAACUACGUGGGAGGCUUUCACGGCUGCCUGGACUACAUCUUCAUACAGCCGGACAGCAUGCAGGUACUAAUAGGGACGGAACGACAUCACGACACACAACUCACGAUUCCUCCCCGGGACUAUUUCUCGGGAGCUUAG